GUGGGGGGAGGAGGGACCUGAGGAAACUCAGGUGAGAAGGAUUUUGCUGGAGUUUAGGCAAGGGAGGAAAGUCUGGGCCGGUGGCCUCCCAGAGUCUAGACUGUUCUGGAAAGAGUAUUCUGUUGUCCCUCCAAGGAUGCCCAAGCCACACUGACAAUGGGAGAAAAGGAGCAGGAGGAAGAUGCUGAGGAGACCUGGCUGCAGCUGCGUCCUGUGGAGCCCUUACCCUCCCAGUGCUGUGGCAGUGGCUGUUCACCCUGUGUGUUCGACCUAUAUCACCAAGACCUGGCAAGGUGGGAGGCAGCUCGAGCCAGGAAAGAUGGGAGCCUGCUGAGUAGGAAGCAGCCACAGAGCUGCUCCUCUAAGAUGAGCACAGACGCCUUCCUGGCCUUCCACAUCAGUGCCAUGGACAGACUCACAAAAGACACCUACCACAUUCGGUUUGCACUACCUGGGAACAGCCAGCUUGGCCUGCAGCCUGGGCAGCACCUCGUCCUACGAGGGAUAGUAGAUGGCUUAGAGAUUCAGAGAGCCUAUACACCCAUCAGUCCUGCCAAUGCAGAAGGAUACUUUGAUGUUUUAAUCAAGUGCUACCAGACCGGGCUGAUGUCCCGGUAUGUGGAGUCCUGGAAAGCAGGAGACACAGCUUUCUGGCGAGGACCUUUUGGAAGCUUCUCCUAUAAACCAAAUGAGCAUGGUGAGCUCCUCAUGCUGGCUGCGGGCACAGGCCUGGCCCCUAUGGUGUCCAUCCUACAGAGCAUCACAGACAAUGCUGAUGAUGAGACCUUUGUCACUCUGGUCUGCUGCUUCAAGACCUUUGAGAAUAUCUACCUGAAAACCUUCCUCCAGGAUCAGGCCCGUUUUUGGAACAUCCGCAUCUUCUUUGUACUCAGCCAGGAGAACUCCCCAGAGCAACUUCCCUGGAGUUACCGCGAGAAGACCUGCUUUGGCCGCCUGGGCCAGGACCUGGUCGAAGAGCUCGUGGGCUGCUGUCGAAGAAAGCCAUUUGCCUUGGUCUGUGGCUCACCUGAGUUUACCAAGGAUGUGACCAGGUACUUGCUGUGUGCAGGACUGACUGCAGACUCCUACUUCCUCUUCUAGCCUUGGCCAGGGACCUGCUACUGAGACAUAGGAAGGAGAACAAACUAGAAUCAGAAAACAGGGAGGCCUGGCCUGGCUGCUAACUUGCCGGGUGGCCUUGGGCAAAUGUCUUCACCCUUGGAAGCUCUGUUUCCUAUCUACCCCAUUAGGUUAAUCAUUCCCUCCUGGCAUCAUGCUAUGUGGAGGGAGGAUAGAGAGUAUGGGGACACUGAGGAGGCCAGCAGGCAAGCUGGGAGUCAAAUCCUGCUGAGCCAGGGAGGAGUAGGAGUUGGACAGGAAAAGGGGGAGGACCCUCCCUCAUCCCUUCAGUUAGAGGUCCUGUUUGGGACUCCAGCUGUGGCCUAGACACUGGCUCAAAUAGAUGCUCUCUAAGUGUUGGGAAUGGCCCCAGAAGAGACUCAGAACUCUUUGGAGAAGGACUUUAAUUUAUAUACUUUCAGUGCCACAAGCCUGACAUGCCAAAGGCCUUGAAUUCUGUGAACUGACCAUGUUAUCAAGAGCAAGGUGUUGUCCUGAUUAUUUUUGUAUUGGCCCCAAACUUUUCCUGCUGCAAACAGAUUCACUCUCAGUCUCCUCUUCCUGGCUCAAGAGACCAGCCCAGAGUCCUUUCCCCAGCAAAAGAAGAGAUAUGGGAGGCAAAGGCCCCUCCCUCCCACAGGCAGCUGGCUCAGCCCGUGUCUUCAGCUCAGUGCUCUGGUGACAGUUGCUAUGGAGAUCUAAAGAUAGAGCAGGAGCCUGAGACCUGGGUCCCUUUCCCAGUUCUGCCCACUGACUGGGUGCUGAUUCAGGUCCACUCAGCUCCCUGCCCACCUCCUCCAUCUUGCAUGGAGCAUGCCCUCUCCAGGGAACCCCAUGCCCCUGGGCAACACUCUGCAAUCAAUGAAUUCCUCUUCGCCUCCUGGGCCCGGUGUGGCUGUGGCAGCACAGGCAGUCUGGAACUUGGAAUACACGACAAUGGAGUAGUAGAAGCAGAGAGCCACGGAACCUUAAGGAUUAGAUUUCUAUAGUCCUCACAGCAGUCUCAUUGUAUAAGUGGGGAGACUAAGGCCCAGUUAGGCUAAUUGACUUGCCCAAGGUGAAAUAGUUAACUGCAGUGGCAGUGCUAAAAGUCUCCUCAUUUCAACCCCUUGUACCAUGGUUUUUAGAGCGGGCACUAGUGUCCCCUACCUGGAUGACAGCAGUGAAGGGAUGGCCAGAAGGAUCUGCAGGGACCCCUUCAAACAGAACAGGUCUGUUUUUAUCCCACUUAUAUAUUGGGACUUGGAAUGAUUUAUACUAGUCAGAAAGGAUUUUUCCUGUCCCACCCAAAAACAUCACAACAAAUCUCUGUGCUGUGUCAUGUUCAUGAAAUAGUCAUGAUAAGCUAGGGGAUGGUCAAAGAUUUCAAACUGUGUUUCACAAGCAGGGUGUUCAUGUUGACCAGAAGUGGGGCUACUGGAUGUGACAUUCUCAGAUGAGCACAUUAAAGGCUCUGAAAUCACAGCAGGCAAGAAACCCACUACCAAACUCAGUUUCUCACAUGUCUUCUUAUGAACACUUCAGGCCUCAGGUUCUUUCUGGCACAAUGUGAGGAGGAUGGGAGGUCCUGACUAGAACCAGAGCUCCUGAGCAAAAACCACAGUGUCCCACCGCCUUGGCAAUCUUAAGCAAGACACUGCCCCUCUGUCAGGGCCUUUGCUAUCUGCGUCAUUCUGCUGUCCUGGCCCUCCAUGAACACGUCCUGCUCAUUCUACUCACAGGUGCUGAGGGGAAGGGGGAAUGAUGAGCUGACUUUGUUGUAGACACCAAGGAAACAACAGCAAAGGAGGCAUGUGCAGCCUUUCCAAUGGAUAACAGCCACCCAAGGCAGAAGUUAAACUCCAGCUCUGAAGGGAGCAUGUUGUACCCUGGAGUCUGUAGGCAGUGUGAGAAGAGUGGAGGACAGGACCUCACCCCGCACUGAGGAUAUAGACUACAAAAACAGUGCUCUUGCUUGCAACUAGAGGUGUAAGGGAGUCUCCACUUAAGGGGUGGGGAGUCUAGAGCAGUUCUUAUGUCUCUCUGUACGAUUACUUGAUGUUUAGACAAUGCCACCCAUAAGUAACCAACAGGUAGACAACCAGCAGCUGAAGGGGUUGCCCUCCCUUUCCCUACACUCUGUGUAGCAGCCAUCCAGCUGCUGUUGGGAUCACUUAUCAUGGGACAUUGCUGAGGAUCCAGUCGUGCCCUCAGUGCCAUGAUGCCAAAAGGGCUCCUGUCACCCAGACACUUGAGAGCUUGUGGCUGGUGCUGUGCCUCACGGUGUAACUGAGCCCCAGAAGAGAACUUGUGAGGACAUAUGAGGACAGCCCUCUUGGGAUUGGGACAGGGUUCCUGUCACCUGACCAGUCCCUCUCAUCUCUCCCAAUAAGGAGCCCAAUGUAGGGCCAUGGGGGAUGUGCUUCCGGGCUGAUGUCACCAUGGAAAAAGGGAGACUCAUUAGCUGGCACGACCCAAAGGCAUGAGGAGGUGAAUAGUGUCCACGAUUCCUUUUGCUAGGCAGGCUUUGGUUCUGAGCUCAAGGAAGACAAUAGCUACCAAAGGGACUAGGGGAUAGAUCUUGGUGGCAUAAGCCAUGACUGCUUUAUUCAGCUCUCACCCUCCCUCAUUCCCCCCAUUGGUUUCCCAGGCCCAGUCUCUGCCUCUAUGCUCUACUCCACUCUGUGGCCACACUGAUUUUCCUAACAUGCAAACCCAGGCCUGUCACCAUUCCACCUGAAAGCCUUCCAUGGCUCUUGUUGCCCUCAGGGUAUACAUCUCAGCUCUGCUUACCUCUGAAGACCUAUAUGUUGCUGUCCCUUGUGCCUACCUCUCACAUACCAAGUGUAUUUUCUGGCAACAGUUACACCCUUCUCAUUUGCUGCUCCCUCUGCCUUCUGACCUCCCAUGUGCCGUCUUUUGCCUCCUCAUCUUCCAACUUAGAGCAGUGUCACUUCCUUGGGAAGCCCCACCACCUUUGCCACUCCAGGCUAGAUCAGUGUGCAGAGACUCUGUUCUUUUGCUGCCUCCCCCAUCAGACCGUGGGUGCAACAAGGGCUGGCAGGACCCAUUUACUACAUCCCAAUAUGCAGGAUGCCCAGCACAUCCUGAAGGUCAAACACCUGAGAGGUAACAAGCAAUACCCAUGGAGCACUUUACAGGAUGCAAAAGGCCUGCAGUGAAGCCUGGAAUUGGCAUGUCACUUUGUGACCCCAGUCUACAGAUGAAAAGACUAAGCUUCCAAGACAUCAGGCAGUUCUCCAAGAUCAUGCAUAUGACACAAAUUGCAACAUGUUGUAAUUGUUGUAAAGAUUAUGUGUGACACAUGAGUAUACCUGGAGAUGUAUGUCAAGAUUUCUGCUGCUGCCCUGUUUGAAAUAGCGAAGAUUAAAUCUCUUUAUAUGUCCAUGAAAAAGAGAAUAGAGAAACGAGUGGUUCUUCUUUGUUAU